AUAUGUUUGCUAAACCCAUAAGAGCUAAUGAUUAGCUAUGCGCUAAGGGUUAAUCAUCACCUCAUCUAACACAUACAUAAUACCAAUAUGGCACUUAGCAUUAUACAUUUAUACAGAGUAACAAAAUUAAUAUAUUGUCAAAAAAAAAAAAAAAAAAACAAAAUUAAUAUAAUAAUCCCAUAAAUUAAAAAGAAAAAUAACAGUACUCCAAUUUCCCUCACUUUUUAUAAGCAUAUGUCCCCCUCGUUUUGGCAGUAUGUUUGUGGGUUUUGGUUCUUUGGUUGUUUCUGCAAAAUCAGUGGAAGGCCACACUGAUUUUGAUCCUAUUUGCUUGCUUAUUUCAGAGGAGAGAGAAUUUUACAAAAACAAGAUAAAAUGGUGGUAUGAAAUUGGGAAUCACUUUGAUUCAAAACUAGGCUCCUAGCUAAACCCCAAAUUACACAAUUUUAUAUGGAAUUUUGUGGGGAUCAGUUUCUAUUUAUCAUUUUUGGAUAGCAAAAUACUCACAGAAUUUUCAAAUUUUAUUUUCCCUAAAUUUUUAUUUUUUUGGAGUGCCCCAGAUCUCUAGGAUCUUUCAGAAUUUCACAGUAUUAUUUCCUUGUUCUUCUCAAAAAAUUUAUGCUCAUCCUCUUUGUUGUGUUUUGUUUCAUCUUCUUUCUUUCUUCUUCAAGUGGGUUCUGAUAUUUACCCAAUUUCUGACUUUUAACAGUGAGAAUUGCUUGAAAUAGAGAUUUUUAAGCAUCUGGGUGUAUUUCAUUGUGCAGUAAAAAAAUCAUACUGUAUUUUUUUUUUUGUUCAGAAAAAAGGGUAAAAAUCACAUCUUUUUCAAAUAAUUUGGGCUAUUUCUUUCUUUUCUUGGCAAUGAUGGUUGAUUUUCUGGGAUUCUAAUUUUGAGGCCACCUUUUUAUUUGGGUAAAUAAGUGGGGUUUGGAUUUGGAUAAGUCCUGAAAAUCCUAUUUUUUAGGAAAGUGAUUUUCAAUUUUUGUCAGAAAAGAAAGAAAUGAAAUUUUUUUAAGUGGGUUUGCACAUUUGAAGACUGCUGGAUCAUCUGAAUGCAAGAACAUUGAAAAUGGGCUUUUCUUUGCAAAUUUCAGUAGGAUUGUUUUUCCUGAUUUUGGUGGGUGCUGUUACUGCUACUCUCUCACCUACUGGUGUCAACUUUGAAGUUGUAGCUCUAAUGGCCAUAAAAACUCAACUGAAGGAUCCUUAUAAUGUUCUUGAGAAUUGGGAUGUUAACUCUGUAGAUCCUUGCAGUUGGAGGAUGAUUACUUGCUCAAAUGAUGGCUAUGUUUCUGCACUGGGACUGCCUAGUCAGAGUUUAUCUGGGGUGUUAUCUCCUUCAAUUCAGAACCUUACUAAGUUGGAGUCAGUGUUGCUGCAAAACAAUGCAAUAACAGGUCAUAUUCCUGCUGAGAUUGGAAGGUUGGAAAUGCUUCAGACUUUAGAUCUUUCAAACAAUGAGUUCACAGGAGAGAUACCGAGUUCAUUAGGAAAUUUGAGGAAUCUAAAUUACUUACGAUUGAAUAACAACAGCCUUACUGGACCUUGCCCUGAUUCUCUUUCAAAAAUUGAAGGGCUAACCCUUGUAGACCUCUCAUUCAACAAUUUAAGUGGUUCCUUGCCGAAGAUAUCCACCAGAACCUUCAAGAUAAUUGGCAACCCUUUAAUUUGUGGAACAAGUUCUAGUACCAACUGCUCUGUGGUAUCUCCUGAACCACUUUCCUUUCCACCAGAUUCUCUUAGAGAUCAACCAAAUUCUUCUGGAUGGAAAAGUCACCGUGCUGCUGUAGCAAUUGGUGCAAGCUUUGGGGCUGCUCUUUUGACCAUAGGCAUCAUUGGGCUGGGCAUUUGGUGGUGUUAUGGUCGCAAAAGACAAAUAUUCUUUGAUGUGAAUGAACAAUAUGAUCCAGAGGUUUGUCUUGGCCAUUUGAAGAGGUAUAGUUUCAAAGAGUUGCGUUCUGCGACUAACCACUUUAGCUCGAAAAAUAUACUUGGAAGAGGUGGAUUUGGCAUAGUGUACAAAGGCAGCCUUAAUGAUGGCACACUAGUAGCUGUGAAAAGGUUAAAGGAUUAUAACGUGACUGCAGGGGAAAUUCAGUUUCAGACAGAAGUUGAGACUAUUAGUCUAGCUGUUCAUCGGAAUCUGCUUCGACUUUGUGGUUUCUGUUCAACUGAGAAUGAACGACUUCUUGUCUAUCCAUAUAUGCCAAAUGGUAGCGUGGCAUCUCGCCUUAAAGAUUUUAUUCAUGGUAGACCUGUCUUAGAUUGGUCAAGGCGUAGGAGCAUUGCUUUAGGCACAGCAAGGGGGCUGCUGUAUUUGCAUGAGCAGUGUGACCCUAAAAUUAUUCACCGAGAUGUCAAGGCAGCUAACAUUCUGCUUGAUGAAGACUUUGAGGCAGUCGUUGGUGAUUUUGGGCUUGCAAAGCUUUUGGAUCACCGAGAGUCCCAUGUUACAACAGCAGUUCGUGGCACUGUUGGACAUAUUGCUCCAGAAUAUCUCUGUACUGGCCAGUCAUCUGAGAAAACUGACGUAUUUGGGUAUGGAAUAUUGCUCCUUGAGCUGAUCACUGGGGAAAAAGCCUUGGAUUUUGGCCGAGCAUCUAAUCAGAAAGGCGUUAUGCUUGACUGGGUAAAGAAGUUGCACAAUGAGGGGAAGCUAAACCAGUUAGUCGAUAGGGACUUAAAGAACGACUAUGACAGGGUUGAAUUAGGAGAAAUGGUACAGGUAGCUCUUUUAUGUACACAAUUUAAUCCAAUUCAUCGUCCAAAAAUGUCUGAAGUCUUAAGGAUGUUGGAGGAUGAUGGGUUAACCGAGAAAUGGGAGGCUUCACAGAGAAUCGAAACUCCUAGGUCAAGGUCCAGCGAGCCACAGCGGUACUCAGACUAUAUAGAAGAAUCUUCACUUGUGGUUGAAGCUAUGGAGCUUUCUGGUCCAAGAUGAUACGACAUGGAUUUGCUCAAUGCACGCAUAUUUAUCAUGGCUUUCUCUCUUGUAGUGAUCCGGAGUACUAAACCAAAAUGCGAGUGAAGUGCCAUUGUAAUCAUGCCUGAGGAUUCUCUCUAGUAAUCGGACCAUCCAACUAUCGAAGUACUAUAUCAAGAGGUAAGAAAAUGUAGUUUCAAAACCCUACUUCCGAUUACUCUAGUAAAUGGACUGUGUGGUUACUAGAGAGGAUCCUGACCCAAAAUCGACACCCUUUAGUUUAAGUAGUUAGCUUCCCUGUCUCACCUUCUUUCACUCAAGUAGCAAAAGCUUUAGAGUGAGGAAGAAAAAAGAAUUGUGAUUGAUGUCAAUAGAAUGUAAUUCAAUCUGUAAAAAGGAAUAUAUGAUGGAAUGUAUAAGGUUUAGAAUUAGCCCAAUUAGGUGGGUUUGUUAAUUGUUACCUUGUAAUGUAUGGAAAGAAAAUUUUGAGGUUAUGUGAGCAGUUGGGAAAUGUAAUUAUAUAAUUUGUUCCAAGCUUAAGUUUGAUGUGUUUGGUUGUAUUGACCAUUGAUGAGCUUAGAAAACUUAAUAGUAGGCACAUUCAUUCU